AUGGGGUUGUCUGCUAAAGCUCAGGAUAGGAUCCUCGCCGCGCUAGAUGAACGUGAGCGGUGGUGUUACGAUCGUGCCAUGGAGUAUGCUGUCCGUGGCGAGAUGAAGGAGGCCGUUGCAUCUUUCCUCAGCGAUCGCCACAAGAUCGGGCAGGGUUCUGCGUUCGAUUUUAUUAUCCUCCAGGCUCAUACGGAUAGUGUGGAGCUCUUUAAGGAGGGUCUUCUUGGGUUUUAUUACGCGAAGGCAGAGAUUGCGGAGUCAUGGACGAGAAGUGGGAAUUGUGGUGUGAAAGCUAAGGCUGAACAGACCGAGCAGACCGAGCAGACGGGACAGACUGGGCAGACUGAGAAAACUGAGGAAACUGAGCAAACUGAAUAG